AUGGCAAGUGCUGACCGUAGCCCCAGCCCUCCUGUAGCUCCGGCCCUGCCUCCUGUAGCCCCCCCCCCCCCUGUAGCCCCGCCCCUCCCUCCUGUAGCCCCGCCCCUCCCUCCUGUAGCCCCGCCCCUCCCUCCUGUAGCUCCGCCCCUGCAGGUCAGUAACAGCCUCAGUUCCUCUCAGACUCUCCUCAUGGAGAACGCCACAGACGCCACAGAGCUGUGGGAGUAUUAUUACGAUUAUGUGGAUCCAGUGACGGUCGACGAGACUAAACUCAGCUUCAACAAAUACCUGAUGGUUAUAAUCUUCUGGAUGGUUCUGUCCGUAUCGGAACAAAAAAUAACAUGGUCCCAAACACACCUCGCUCCUGAUCCUCUGCUCCAGAUGGCUCUGAGGGCAGACUCAGGCCCCUGGGAGCCCUGGGGCCCUGGGGGCCUCUCCUUCCCUGGGGGCUCUCAGUGGUCAGAGCCUGGAUGUGGGUCAGGAACAGCUCAGUGGACGAGGCCCCGCUCCACAGCUCAUGGAUCUUUAACCCUAAAGUGGUUUGUUGUUGUUCAGGCCCAGGGCCGUAUCCCUCCUCCACAGGCCCAGGGCCGUAUCCCUCCUCCACAGGCCCAGGGCCGUAUCCCUCCUCCACAGGCCCAGGGCCGUAUCCCUCCUCCACAGGCCCAGGGCCGUAUCCCUCCUCCACAGGCCCAGGGCCGUAUCCCUCCUCCACAGGCCCAGGACCGUAUCCCUCCUCCACAGGCCCAGGGCCGUAUCCCUCCUUCACAGGCCCAGGGCCGUAUCCCUCCUCCACAAGCCCAGGGCCGUAUCCCUCCUCCACAGGCCCAGGGCCGUAUCCCUCCUCCACAAGCCCAGGGCCGUAUCCCUCCUCCACAGGCCCAGGGCCGUAUCCCUCCUCCGCAGGCCCAGGGCCGUAUCCCUCCUCCGCAGGCCCAGGGCCGUAUCAGUCCUCCACAGGCCCAGGGCCGUAUCCCUCGACCGCAGGCCCAGGCCCAGGGCCGUAUCCCUCCUCCACAAGCCCAGGGCCGUAUCCCUCCUCCACAAGCCCAGGGCCGUAUCCCUCCUCCACAGGCCCAGGGCCCGCGGAGCUCCAAUGCUAACCGGCUAACCACGGGUGUUGAGCGGCGCUGA